ACACCUCCGCGAGACUCCGCUCAAAAUUCCAUUUCUUCACACGCGCGUCAAUCGUCAUGCAAACUACACGAGUUCGGAUAGCCAAGAUCCAGUUUUUGCGAAGCUACCACCUCUAUAGGCAGACUGGCAAACACUCGAUAGUGGCCGAGUCAUCAAACGCUGACAGUUUUGCCGUUCAGACACAGUUCAGAUGUAGACUGACCUCUGGGAACUGGAAACCUUGAAAUGGAAAAAAAGAUGGCACAUUAUAAUCCACCGCUGUCACCUUCGGCCAGUGAUGUUAAUUUAGGGGCCUCAGCCAAUCCUCAUGCCAAACCAACAGACUUUGAUUUUCUUGCUGUGAUUGGAAAGGGAACCUUUGGAAAAGUGCUCCUUGCCAAACUCAAAGUAGAUGGAAAAUUUUAUGCUGUGAAGGUUUUGCAGAAAAAAGUCAUAUUAAAGAAAAAAGAGCAAAAGAAUAUAAUGGCAGAAAGGAGUGUCCUCCUGAAGAGCCUGAAGCACCCCUUCCUUGUGGGCCUCCACUACUCAUUUCAGACCUCAGAGAAGCUUUAUUUUGUCCUUGACUACGUCAAUGGAGGGGAGCUGUUCUUCCAUCUCCAGAGAGAGCGGUGUUUCUCCGAACCGCGAGCACGCUUCUAUACAGCUGAGGUUGCUAGUGCCAUUGGCUACCUCCACUCCCUCAAUAUUAUUUACAGGGAUCUGAAACCGGAAAACAUUCUAUUAGAUGCUCAGGGUCAUGUUGUGCUGACUGAUUUUGGCUUGUGUAAAGAAGGACUGGACCCAGAAGCUACCACCUCAACAUUUUGUGGAACACCCGAGUACCUGGCCCCAGAAGUGCUCCGGAAGGAGUCAUAUGACCGCACGGUGGACUGGUGGUGUCUAGGAGCUGUGAUGUAUGAAAUGCUCUUCAGCUUACCACCUUUCUACCAACGUGACGUAGCAGAGAUGUACGACGGCAUCUUGCACAAGCCCCUGCAAAUGCCACCUGGGAAAUCAAAUGCAGCCUGUCACCUGCUCCAUGGGCUGCUGCAGAAAGACCAGCACCGUCGACUGGGCGCCAUUGCUGACUUUCUUGAGAUUAAAAAUCAUGUGUUCUUCAGUCCCAUUAACUGGGACGACCUCUUUCACAAGCGCAUCACUCCACCUUAUAACCCCAAUGUGAGAGGUCCAGCGGACCUCCAGCACAUUGACCCAGAGUUCACCAGAGAGAUGGUGCCCAACUCAGUGGGUCAUACCCCAGAACUGAACCCCAGCCUGGGUACCAGCAGCUCUAAUGCUUUCAACGGCUUUUCUUAUGUCUCUAGUGAUGACAACUUUCUCUGAGGCUCCUGGAGCUUGAGCCUUCACUAUAAAAAGAAAAGCUGAUGAACAGAAGCCCCCCCAAAAUGGCCAGAAAGACACCCAGCAUCACUUCAAUCACCAGGGACUGUAGGGGGAAUGCACCGUACACAUACACACUGAAUGUGGUGCUCAGUUCACAUAAGCUGUGGGAGGACAGAGCAGACACUUUACCACCUUAACUUACACUAGCACACCGUUUGCAAAAUGAUUUCUCUACUGCUUGUGAUACCUUACCUGUAACUGGCAUCCACUACUGUUGCUUUGAAAAUGUAUAUCCCGUUGUACUUGGAGAAGAUUAUUCUGUUCCCGGCAUCCUUAUUCAGAACCUGAUACUCUGCCUUUUGAUUUAUGAGCUCUGGUCCAUCUGGAUCAUUGCAACUUUUAUAAUUCUU